AUGGAUCUGCCCAAGGGCUUCGUUGAAGACGACAAGCGCAUCUAUGGAAAGGUUGCCAACCUAAAUCAUCUGUCUCUCGACGUCAUCAGGCAGUUUUGGCAGGCAGACUCUCUGCCACCCCAUGUUCCGGAGCCCAGCCGAAACGGCGAACCGGCAUCUGUCAAAGAACUUUCGGCGUCCUCUUCACGCCCCCCGCCACCUCACCCUAUUUUGAAGAAAUCCAGAGGCGAUUCAAAGUCCGGCCCCCGCCCAACAGCUCGUUUCGUUUCACCACCUAGCUCCGACGAGGACGAGUGCAAGUCAAGUGAAGAGGUCUCCUCUAGCAGCACCGCCACGAGCGGGCUAGACAUGCGAGCCCCCUCGAACGCAGCGACAUCGUCGGAAAAAUCGAGUAAAAAGAAAGCUGCUGCGCCAACAAAGAGAUUCGUUGCUUCAUCCACAGCUUCGAAGCGAAGGCCGUUGCUGGCUCGAAGACAAAGCUCUCAAUCAUCUGCAGGAAGCUCAGAGCCUCAUCCAAAGGCGGGUUCGUCUGCAGGCUCUCGCUUUUCGGGGAGUCAGCAGGGCAGUGUGACCUCGAAUCCGGAUCGGGCGUCCGCUCAGACAACCCCAGACUCUCACCCCAACGACACCAUGUUGAGUGCCAAAGCAUUCGGUAAGAAGCCGGUUGUGCAACCAAACCCAGCGGUUACAGUAGCGAACCAGAAUCACCGACAUCAUCAAAUACAAUCGCCUGCCAGACAGCCUUUGCCUAAACCAACACAGGCGCUGCCCGGCGGGCCACGGUCGCGAAUGCCUGAUGAUUUUCACGGCAGUCCACGGAAAGGCGGGUUCUCCCCGGCUCACAGCGGGAGACAAACGUUUACCGAGGCCCUACUUCUGCUCCAAGGUCAAGCUUGCCAGCAUCUGCAAAUGAGCACAGAGUCCCCUUGUCAUCAAGCAUGGAGCGUUCGUCGUCAAACUCGGAACGCCACCGCCCCCGUAGACUAG